UUAUUCAUUAUCUCUGAAUAUUGUUUCCCGCGCACUGUAUAUGUUUAAUUGGCCAUACUUUGCUAGAAACCGUAAAUAUUAUAAACACUGCGUAGGCCUUCCCCAUUUUUUGCCGGUUUUUCUGUAUGAACUACAACUCCCAGGAUUCCCGUGAUGAGGAAGAGCGCAAUCUCGAGAUUCAGACGUGUUCAAGUGGAACUGGAGUUUGUGUUGAAGUGGAGGAUCUCCUGAAAGCCACCAACCGCUGCUCAUUUGCAAAUAUGCUCCGUUCACUAAUCUGUUUUAAUAAGUGACUCGUUUUCCUCUGAGCUGUUCCUCUAGUAAACAGUCAUGGGGACCACGUUUGCCAUUCUUCUUGUUUUUGUGGGAUGUUGUAGCAAUGUGGUGUCUCUGGAGCUUCUUGUAAGAGAGUUUCCAGGAUGCGGCAACAUCGUCACCUUCGCUCAGUUUUUAUUCAUUGCAUUUGAAGGUUUCAUCUUUGAAACAAACUUUGGGAGAAAGAAACCAACAAUCCCUAUCAGAAACUAUGUGAUCAUGGUGACCAUGUUCUUCACCAUCAGUGUAAUCAACAACUACGCUCUCAACUUCAACAUCGCCAUGCCUCUGCACAUGAUCUUCAGAUCAGGGUCACUAAUCGCUAACAUGAUCCUAGGAAUAAUAAUCCUGAAGAAAAGAUAUACAGCAAGUAAAUAUCUGUCUAUAGCUUUGGUGUCGGCUGGUAUCUUCAUCUGCACCAUCAUGUCUGCCAAACAAGUGAAUAUGUCCAGUGAAGGAUCAGAGGAGCAAGGCUUUUAUGCUUUCAUUCGCUGGCUUAUAGGCAUCGCCAUGUUGACCUUUGCUCUGUUGAUGUCUGCGAGGAUGGGCAUUUUCCAGGAGACACUCUACAAGCAGUACGGAAAACACUCCAAAGAGGCUCUCUUUUAUAAUCACUGCCUGCCCCUUCCUGGCUUCCUGCUCCUCUCCACAGACAUCUACCACCACUGCGUCCUCUUCAGUCAGAGCACCCCGGUACUUAUUCCUGCUGUUGGAGUGACCAUGCCCAUAAUGUGGCUCUACCUGCUGAUCAACAUCAUCACACAGUAUGUGUGCAUCCGCGGCGUGUUCAUCCUGACCACGGAGUGUGCGUCGCUGACCGUCACUCUGGUGGUAACGCUGAGAAAGUUCCUCAGCCUCAUCUUUUCCAUCCUGUACUUCCAAAACCCCUUCACCACCUGGCACUGGGUGGGCACUGCCGUGGUCUUCCUGGGCACACUGCUGUAUACGGAGGUGUUUGGCAGCGUGCAGGCGGCGCUGCGAGGAACCGACGCGAAGCAGAAGAAGGCGGAGUAAAGGCGCCACUGGAAAAAGACGCCUGCCGCUGUGUUGGACUUAGAGAGGUUUUUAGUCGUUAAACCUGCAGUAGUUUUAUAUAGCUGGGGUUGUUUUCAUACUUGAUCACACAUCCAAGGUUGUACCCCACACAAAUACAGACACAGUAGUUCAGUUAAGGCUGAAGCUGGUGGUGAUAAUCUACAUUUUUAUUAUGACAGAAAAUAACAUGAAAACACCUAAACUGUUAAAUGAUGCAUUCACAUACUAUAUAUUGAGACAAGCUCAUGAAUCUGAAUAUUUGUUGGUGUGUUGUUUAAUGUCGUCCAUAAUUUGCAUCGUCUGACUGGAUGGUGGCUCUCUGAAGUCUCCAUGCAACGGAUAACAUUCAAAAUCGUUGUCCACAGUUUGUGUCCGGAGUACACAACAGACUUGUUUACCUUGUUUCUCGACCUGUUGAGAUGCGACACUUGAAUUCUGAAAAUGUUACUAGUGUUUCCAUCCUGAGCCUGAGGUUGCACCGCCCCUGGUCACUGUCCCGGCCAUCGCUAACCCAUUCAGAGGAUAUUUAGUCUUUCUCAAAUUCCCCAUGUGGUGCAUUUGAUCUCUUUGUGAGACUGUCUGUCUCAGAAGCAGAGCUGCAAAGUCGGGUCUCAUUCUUAAUGAUCAGCAGCAGACGCUGUCCCAGUUUCUAAAAUUUAUAUGUGAGAAUGGCCUGUUCCAGAUCUGUGUCUUCAAAACAACUCUGGACAAUAUUUUUGCAAUAAUUUGGGGACUAUUUUCAGUGGUGGAGGAACAUGGGACUGCCAGCUCAGAGGAGUAAUCAGUCUCUGAAUAUACACAAGUUGUUUUGUGUUUUUUUUCUUUUUUUUUCUUUUGGUGUUUUCAUGAGAUUUGCUGACAAUAAGAAAAAAACAUAGUUAUCACCAGACUUUAAGAUUAGUACCUCAGUAGCGAUCACAGAUUCACAAUCAUGGUGCAACUUUUUAUGCCUCUGUGAUGUUUGAAUAUUUAUGGUUUAAAGAUGACAGUGUAUUGGUUUAAUGUUAACGGAUUUUGCUGAACACUGUAAUUUGAUGCUGAAUGAACUGAACAUGUUUGGGGACUCAACAUAGGGUUGCCACAGGGGUUAUUUAUGCAGUCCUAGUGUCCUUGCCAUAUUGUCUCAGGUGUUUUGGACUAACAUUUGUCGACAACUAAUCUAUCUCUACACUCCAUCCCUUCUGAAAUUAAAAUGACAACAUAUGGCUACUAAAA